AUGGAUCAAUCCGCAAAGAUGCUCACGGAAGCCCACGAGAUAUAUGCACGAAUGGGAGGCUCUACGGGCGAUACGGCCACGCGACCGCCUGCAUACAAGGCUAUCGGUAUUUCUUUAGCUGUUGCCUCGGGCGCAUUCAUCGGCACCUCGUUCGUCGUCAAGAAAGUUGGCCUGCUGAAAGCCAACGAGAAGUAUAACGAAGCUCCUGGCGAGGGCUAUGGCUACCUCAAGAACGCCUGGUGGUGGGCUGGCAUGACUCUUAUGAUCAUCGGCGAAAUCUGCAACUUUGUCGCAUACGCCUUCACCGACGCCAUCCUCGUCACUCCACUGGGCGCACUAUCCGUUGUUCUGACUGCUAUUCUCUCCGCCAUCUUCCUCAAGGAACGUCUGAGCAUGGUCGGCAAAGUCUCCUGCUUCCUUUGCAUCGUUGGGUCCGUCGUCAUUGUAAUGAAUGCCCCAGAGAAUUCGGCCGUCGCCAACAUUCAACAAAUGCAGAGCUAUGUCAUUCAUCCAGCCUUCUUAUCGUAUGCCGGUGUUAUCCUCAUUGGCUCCGCCAUCACUGCAUGGUAUGCUGGCCCGAGGUGGGGUAAGAAGAACAUGUUGGUCUACAUCUCCAUCUGCAGUUGGGUCGGCGGCCUGAGCGUCGUGGCCACGCAGGGUCUAGGAGCCGCUAUCGUGGCUCAGGCCGGAGGUCAAGCUCAGUUCAACCAGUGGUUCACCUACGUGCUGUUGGUGUUUGUCGUUGGUACACUGCUGACGGAGAUCAUUUUCUUGAACAAAGCUCUUAACCUCUUCAAUGCCGCUCUCGUCACGCCUACUUACUACGUCUACUUCACCAGUACUACCAUCAUCACUUCGGCGGUUCUUUUCAGAGGAUUCAAGGGCACGCCGACCGCCAUCAUCACCGUCUCCGCCAAGGAUGUGCCCGACACGGCUGUCUUCUCCGGAGAUCUUAACCAGAUUCACACAAUCGCCGAACAAGAGCAGCCCGAAACCGAGCCCAAGGCCGAUGCCAUCCGUGGAGCCGCCGCAAUCGUACGCCGUUUGUCCUCGGCCAGACAGAAGAUGGAAGAGGAGGAGUUCAGACGGCUGCACGAAGAGAAGCUGCGAGAGUCUUUGGAGCCUGUCAGUGAGGAUGGUCAGCCAAUGUACGAAUGGGACGGGUUGAGGAGGCGCAGGACCAUGACUGUAGGAAGCCGGAGCACCCGCGGAACAAUCCUCUCGCCUUAUCCUCAGUCUCAAAUUGGCAUCCCUCCCACGCCGACAGUUAUUCUCCCGGCCACUCCCCAGGCUCAUCCACCGCUGGGCAUGUCUCACUUCCCAACCGAAGAGGAAUUGGCGGAGCACGACCGCCCCCAGUCCCCAGGCAUGCUCUCGAGCAUUGCUGGCACGAUUCGCGAACGAGCACGGAGCGUGUUGGCGCCCAAUCAACCCCACUUCCAGGACCCAAGGGUACAAAGCCCCAUGCAUCCCGUUCCUUUGACAGAGAUUUCUGUGGCCGCGCUCAAGUCGGAUGGCGAUCAAUCUCCGUAUCACGGCAAGAGCAGAGAGCACGUGUACGGCCUUCCAGCUGGCGGUCACGGAGAUUUGGAGUAUGCCGGCGCUGGCGGUGUCUACGACCAACGGGCUGUAUCACGGGGUAGCGCCUUUAGCGGUGCCAGCUCGCAUUUGGCACCCACUCCGCCUCCCCACUCGGCAAGGAGACAGUUCUCCUUCUCGAACGUCUUCAAGAGGCAUCAUGCUGAUGCGCAGCAGCAUCAAGAGGAAGAGCCGCCACAGCUCCGACCGACCAGCCGAUAUGGUCUCGGAUCGCGCGGUUACUCCAGCCCACAGGUCAAGAACGCUACUGAAGAGGAGCGGCUUGGCCUUGUGAAGGGAGACUCUCACUCAAUGCCUGUUCUGCAACGCUACGAUGACGAUGAGGACGAGGAAGAUGCCUAUAUUGACGACAAGAUAAGACCCGUGGAUUCCACCCCGAGUCCACCGCAACCCUCGCGAUAUGGACGAGGCAUCACUACUCCGCCAAGGAGGGGCAGCGACGGCCGUGACACAGACUUCGAGUCUGAAGCGCCAACGCCACCUCCCCACAGGCCGCAGCCAGGUGGUGGCCGGCCUGGAGCAUUCUUAUAA